UUCUUCAGCAGGCGCCAGCGCUCAGCGGCCUCAACUACAACCAACUCAUCACCAUCACUUCCGCCGUCAACAUCACCACCACCACCACCACCACCGUCUCAUGGUUGCCGGCUAUCUCGCGCACUCCAUCGAUUCAUGAUCCACGACUGCCCCACGCACUCCACCACACAGCAUUUCUUGCAGCACCUACCAAGCCAGAGCACCAUGUCCGACAAGUACCUGAAGAUGGAAGACGUGCACCGCGCCGCCUCGUCGGCCUCACCCACACCAUCGGCGCCUGAACAAACUUGGGCACAGUUCUCAACCACCCAAUCCUCCACACAGGACGCUAUUGUCGUCCACUCCAAGCCUGCCAAGAAAAGGAAGUCAUGGGGACAGGAACUACCAGAACCCAAGACUGCGUUGCCUCCUCGAAAGCGCGCCAAGACCGACGACGAGAAAGAGCAGCGCCGCAUCGAACGAAUCAAGCGCAAUCGCGCUGCCGCUCACAAUUCGAGGGAACGCAAAAGGCAGGAGGCAGAGAAUCUCGCCGUCCAUCUUGCCAGAGCCAACGCUACACUCGACGCCUACAGGCGCCACUUUGGCGAGCUCCCCGCCCACAUACAAAUACCCGAAGUCAGGAUAGAGGUGGACGACUCGGGUAAUGAGCACAUAACAACCUCAACGCCAGCGCCGUCCUUGGUGGAAUCGAGUGGAUCACAACAUGACCCUUCCAGUCCUAUAUCCCCACCAGACGACUUUUCUUUUUCUCACAUCGACAUCAAGACAGAAUCGGAUGAUUCUGUUCCCGAAGCGUACAUCCCCGACGACUUCAUUCCUCUAGCAAUUGGCAACAAAAAAGAAUCCGAAUCCUUCACCCCUGAUCUCACCCCAGCUGCCCGACCAUACGAGUUCGCGCCGCUCGGCCUGACACAACAUUCUGCAGAAAUGUUGUCGUCUGACCCGCAGUGUCGGCCGAGCAACGCGAACCGCAGUAUGCUUUUCCGGGCAGCAGGAUGCUAGAGCAAUCUUACGCUCUCCCUCUGGACAUGGCACAAGACUCCUUUGGUGCCCAUGUGGAUGACCCUUUUGCCUUCGCGCAUGGCGCGACUGAUGCAGCAAUCAGCGACCCACUCUUCGAGGUCGAUGACUAUCUCAACUUUAGCGAAGACACGCAGUAGUGAUUGACGCCCAGAUGUCUGGCGCGGUUUAGUACCGCGACGGGUCAGAGCGCAUCGCUUCAGCAGUCUGUUAUUGAUGUUGAGGAAGCUCGAAGAUCGAGAGGAGCACGGGAUGCUGUGUUGCAAGCUUACAAUUGUGGCAAAGGGCAGGCGUUUGGAGGGAUCAGGGGGCACGCUUGAGAACAUUAGCGAUGAGUGAUGAAGGCUACGAAAGUACUGGCAUUUCGGGACGGACCACUCGGUCAUGUGGCCAUUGUAUUACCACGGGCUUUGACUACUUAUAGGUAGCUUU